ACCCACAGCAGCUCCUCCGCAUCUCUAUCCACGCGACCUCCGCCCCCCGUGCCAGCACCAUAAGACGUCUAUCUUCUCGUCACCCCUUUAGGCCGUCUUCCUCCUCCUUAGUCUCCUUCACCCGCGGCCCCAUCUUCCGUCUCGGAGCUUAUCCCCAUAUCCGCAACCAUGCGGCUUCACACAUCGUCUUCGUCCACCUCCUCCUCGACACCCCCAUCGCAUCUCUCAUUAGCCUCUCUAUCAGCGCUCUUUCUGGCACUACCAGCUCUUGUGUCGGCGAGUCUCGACUGCCACGACGUCGGGGCUAAGGGGAAGCACUUCGACCUCUCCCCACUAGGCGGCCCUCACCAAGUACACUGGAGGAGGGAAUUAACGGAAGCGCCGGGACUCUUCUUCAACACUACGUUCACGAUCGAUAUCUGCAAUAAGCUCAAAUGGACCAAGGGCGGAAAUAAGGACGAGGAAUGUCCGCACGGGACACGGAUAUGCGGUGUCGAACGACGAGAAGUCUCGGCCAACGCGACAGAAUUUGUGCGAGCUAUCCCUAUCGCUGGCGACUACAAGUUGCAAAACGGCCGAGACAUCAAUGCUCAGUGGACACUACUCCGUGACUCAAAGUCCAACCACGACACAAACAUGGAGGGCCUGCGAGGCGAGUUACAUGGAGGGAAAUAUCCCUUCGCCGGCAAGAAGGGGAUCGAUCAGCAAGCCAUUGUUGAAUUCAUCUGCGACAACGACAGGACAGGUCUCGAAGGCGAUGAAACGGAUGAUUCGGAUAAAGAGGAGGACGACGAGGAUAAGGUCAGGCGGAAUGAUGACGAGGACGGGGACAGCAAGAAGGGCCGCAGUCUGCAGUUCUGGAAGUAUGAGGAAGAAGAACAGGACAAGGGGAAGAAAGUCGGAGUUCUUCGACUGCAGUGGCGGACCAAGUACGCGUGCGAGGAUGCUAAAGCAGAGCCCGGAUCAUCUAGCGGCUGGGGUUUCUUUACCUGGUUUAUCAUCAUUCUUUUCCUCGUCAUAGCCUCCUACCUCAUCUUUGGCUCUUGGCUCAACUACAACCGCUAUGGCGCGCGCGGAUGGGACCUCCUACCCCACGGCGACACCAUCCGAGACGUCCCCUACAUUCUCAAAGACUGGGCCCGGCGAGUCGCAAACACACUCCAGGGCCCGGGUAGCCGCGGAGGCUACAGCGCCGUGUGAUCACCAUCUCCUUCCACCUUUGCAUUUCGUACUUGGCGUUGGGUAGGUUAGGUAGGCUUCCAAAUUCGACCUGUGUCAUAAAUACAUAUCCGUGUUCAUAUCUUGCAAGCGUUUAGAAGUGGGCUUCGUUCAUCCACAAUAUGUCACGUGGGCAUAACUAUAAAGUCUCCGUUUUCUUCCCCGAGGUGUUGAAAGUUCUAUUCUAGUGCUGAAGUUGUUGCGCUUUGCCGUUGUUGCUGUUGUACAUCUAUCGUUAUACAUGCUCUUCAUCGAAAACCCUCCCGUCUGUCAGAAAUCAAAUGCCAAAAGAACAAGGAAAAAAGAAAGAAAAGAAAAAAAAAGCAUCCACACCAAACCCUUGUCAAGCAGGAAAAAAAAAG